CUCUCUCUCUCUCUCUUGAUCUCUACUCAAACAUGCCAACCCAUUUUUCAUAAGCAAAUUUGAUUUUACAAAGUUCCAAGAUUCAAAGGUUUAACACUGUGUUACUUCACUGAUCCAUAGCAGCAGGAGCAAACUGAGACUCUGUGGUUAUGGCUUCUAAGAUUAAAACUGGUGCAUCCGAAACAACUCUGAGCAAAUCAUCUCCUGGAUCUCUAAGAGUGCCUAAAGUGACUCGGAUUACAACUAGAUCUGAACCUAACACUCCUUCACCCACUCAACACUCACGUCUUUCUCCUAACUCAAAGCCUUCUACUGAAAAGAGGUCUCCCAAAGUUCCAACUCCACCUGAAAAAACUCAAACACGGGCUGUGAAAGCAUCAGAAUCUCAACCUCGGUUGAUCCAGUUGAAGGAAGAUCUAAGGAAAGCGAAUGAGUUGAUAGCAUCACUUGAGAAUGAAAAAGCUAAAGCACUUGAUGAACUUAAACAAGUGCGUAAAGACGCUGAAGAGGCAUCAGAGAAGCUUGAAGAGGCCAUAAAAGCUCAGAGAAAGGCAGAGGAGGAUUUCGAAAUCGAGAAAUUUGAAGCUGUUGAGGCAGGGAUAGAGGCAGUUCAGAGAAAAGAAGAAGAACUGAAGAAAGAAAUCGAGAAUGUCAAGAGCAAUCAUGCUUCUGAUUCAUCUGCUCUUCUUUUGGCAACACGGGAGCUGAAGAGAGUGAGUGAAGAGCUGGUGGCAGCUAAUGAAGCCAAGAGUAAGGUUCAGAGUGAAGCAGAUGAUGCUACCAAGAUGGCUGCUAUACAUGCAGAGAAAGUGGACAUCUUAUCAUCAGAGUUGAUACGUUUAAAGGCUUUGCUUGAUUCAACACGAGAGAAGGAAACCAUCUCCAACAAGGAGAUUGCUUCUAAACUAGGAGGGGAGAUAGUUGUUUUGAGAAGAGAGCUUGAGAAUGCGAGAAGUUUUGAAGCAGAGGUUAAGGAGCUGGAGAUGGUCAUUGAGAGGCUUAAGGAUGAGUUAGAAGCUGCGAAGAUGGCAGAGUCUUAUGCACAUAGCUCUGCUGAAGAGUGGCAUAACAAAGCUGAAGAGUUGGAGGAACAGUUAGAGGAAGCUGAUAAGGUUAAAAGAUCCUCCUUAGUUUCUCUUGUAUCUGUGACUAAGCAGCUGGAAGAAAGUAAUGAUAUAUUGCACGCUAUGGAGUCUGAAGUUACUGAUCUUAAGGAGAAAAUUGGGUUAUUAGAGACGGUGGUUGCUAGGACAAAGGAGGCACUUGAGGUAUCUGAAGAGCGUUUAGGUGUUGCAGAAGAAGAAUUAUCUAAGGCGGAGGAAGAGGUGAUUAGAUUGAAGAAUGAGCUUGAAACUGUGAAAGAGGAGAAGAAUGAGACUAUAAAGAAGGAGCAAGACGCUACUUCAAGUGUUCAGAUACUCUUGGAAGAGAAAAACAAGCUCUUGUCAGAGCUUGAGAAUUCUAAAGAGGAAGAGGAGAAGAGUAAGAAAGCUAUGGAGAGUUUAGCUUCUGCACUGCAUGAAGUGUCGAGUGAAGCACGUGAGUUGAAAGAAAAGUUGUUGAGUCAAGGUGAUGAGGAGGAGGAUUAUAAAACACAAGUAGAAGAUUUGAAGCUGGUCAUCAAAGCAACAAGCGACAAGUACGAGAAGAUGCUUGAGGAGGCGAGACAUGAGAUAGAUGUUCUUGUCAAUGCGGUGGAACAAACCAAGAAAGACUUUGAGAGCUCAGUGGUGGAUUGGGAGAUGAGAGAAGCUGGUUUGGUUAAUCAUGUGAAGAAAUUUGAUGAGGAAGUUUCUUCAAUGAGCAAAGAAAUGAAUAGGUUGGGUAAUUUGGUGAAAAGAACAAAGGAAGAAGCUGAUGCAGCGUGGAAGAAAGAAUCAGAGAUGAGAGAUGGUUUGAAAGAGGUUGAAGAUGAGGUGAUUUAUCUUCAGGAAACUCUCAGGGAAGAAAGAGCUGAAAAGUUGAAACUAAAUGAGAAAAUGUUGGACAAAGAAACUGAGUUUCAAAGCAUUGUUCAUGAGAAUGAUUUGCUCAGGCUGACACAUGAUGAUUCUUUGAAGCAGAUCAAUGAGUUAACAAAGUUACUAGAGGAAGCAUUGGCUAAGAAACAUAUAGAAGAAGAUAAAUGUGAGCUCAGUGAGAGUGAAAGAGACUAUGAUUUGCUUCCAAAUGUGGUUGAGUUCUCCGAGGAGAAUGGUCAUAGAAGUGCAGAAGAGAAGGACAAAGAAAAGAAAGAUGGUGAUGAUGAAAGUACAGUUAAAGUUGAUCUUAAAAUGUGGGAAAGUUGUCAGAUUGAGAAGCAAGAAGCUUUCCACAAGGAGAGACCAGAGCAAGAUGCUCCAAAAGAAGAAGUGGAAGACUCUAACAUGAUAGACCGAAGCGCGAAAACCUCACCCGAAAACAUGAAAGAAAACAGAGAAGAUCAGCUGGUGAAUGAGAAGGAGAAGAAGAUCAAGAAGAAGACUCUGUUUGGUAAAGUUGGGAAUCUUCUCAAGAAGAAAGGACCUGUGAAUCAGAGAUAAAUGAAAACGUUUCUUUGAUUUUACUACAGUUUUUUUGUGUGUGGUAUUGCUGAAUUUGGCUUAUUACAUAAUGCAGAUACACACAUCUCUCUUCAUCACUUUGACUUCUUCCUAUGUGUUCUUAUAUUUUCUUUCUUUUUUUUUUUUGGAUUUAUGGCUUCUGAAAUAGGUUUGUAUUUAGCUUUUUGCUUCUGAUCUUUUCUUCUUUGGAUUUUUUUUGACCUAUUGUGUUCUUCGUUCUUAUUAUGUCAUCAGCAAACUCAGAACAAUAUCUUUGUUUAUGUAAAGGUUUUUUCUGUCGUGUUUCUUUGACUGUGAAGAAC